AUGCUGAUCAAUGCCUGGCUAAAUACCUCUAAGGACGCUAUUGUAGGGAAUAACCAAAAAUCAGGCACUUUCUGGAAACGAGUUGGAGAUUAUUUCUUCGCAGCUCUUUCUGGUGGAGAUAGUGUUGAAAGUAGCGAGCAUGUCCACUACAAGCAGAGGUGGCACAAAAUCAGCAAUGACACUUCCAAGUUUUAUGGUGUAUAUACGGCUGCAGAGAGACAUAUAUCUAGUGGGCAGCAUGAGAACGAUGUACUGAAGGUGGCCCAUGAAAUAUUCUUCGCGGACCAGGGGUCCAAAUUCACACUGGAGCAUGUGUGGUGUGUGUUGAGGUAUGAGCAGAAAUGGCUCAACCUCAACAGCACUAAAGCUUCUGAAAGUUCUAAUAAGAGGAAAACCGUUGAAUCAGAUUCCCAAACUUCAACCACAAGUGUUGGUGAAGAAGAGAUACGCCCUGAAGGUGUAAAGGCUGCAAAAGCUAAACGUAAUGCAAAUGGGAAGUCUGUUGAUUACUAUACGAUGGUACUUGAACUGAGGAAGGUGGAUUUGGAUAGGAAAGAAAAACUCCAGAAGCUAGCCAUCUUAGACACUCUCCUAGCAAAAACCGAACCACUCACUGAGGCUGAAGAAGCAGCCAAAAACAAGCUCCUCGCCAAAUAUAUUUAG